AUGGCUUGUUCUGUAAACUCGCGAUAUUGGCCAUUAAGCCGCUGGUUAACAAGCUCUUAUAAAACAACAUGUCGUGCCAUCGCUAUCAGAGCUAGCCACAGGCCAUUUUCAUCAACCUCUCAUAACAGUCUCAUGGAAACAACGGGCUUCACCGAGACUCAGCUUACGGUCCGCCAAGCAGUCAGCGAAGUCUGCUCCAACUUCCCCAAUACAUACUGGCGAGAGCACGACCAGAAUGAGCAAGAUCCCAAGGAAUUCCAUGCGGCUCUGGCACGAGGCGGAUGGCUAGGCAUUGCCCUCCCAGAGAAUCUCGGAGGCUCUGGCCUGGGCAUCUCUGAAGCCACGAUGAUGAUGCAGACAGUUGCCGAGUCUGGCGCUGGAAUGGCCGGUGCGCAGUCUAUCCACGCAAAUGUCUAUGCAACGCAGCCACUGGCAAAGUUUGAAACGGACGAGCAGCUGCGGGAAACAAUCCCGGGAAUCAUCUCGGGAAAAUGGCGGACGUGCUUUGGUGUAACGGAGCCGAAUGCCGGACUAGAUACACUGCGGCUGUCCACCAUGGCGAAGCGAGAGGGCGACGAGUAUGUCAUUUCGGGACAAAAGAUUUGGACAACGUGCGGGCAGGUAGCAUCCAAGAUGAUUCUAUUGGCCCGGACUACGCCGUAUGAGGAGGCACAGAGACCCAGUGAGGGCCUUUCACUCUUCUGCAUCGACUUGGACCGUACUCAGCCCAGCUUAUCAAUGCGGAAGAUUAAGAAAAUGGGCGGCAGAGCCGUCGAUGCCAAUGAAGUCUUUUUCGACAACUACCGUACUCCUGCCAAUACUCUGAUUGGGAAAGAAGGCCAAGGCUUCAAGAUUGUUCUUCACGGCAUGAACGCUGAGAGGUGUCUCUUGGCAGGAGAGGCUCUCGGCCUAGGCUAUGCGGCGUUGACUCGAGCCGCAUCGUAUGCCCGCGAGAGAAUCGUCUUUCAGCGCCCCAUUGGCAUGAAUCAGGGUGUUGCGCAUCCCCUGGCCGAUGCGUAUAUGCACUUGGAGGCAGCCAAGCUGGCAACUUACCACGCAGCGAGGCUGUAUGAUGCGAGCAAGACAGACUCAUCCAUCACACAGAAGGCUAUUGGUGUAGCAGCUAAUAGUGCAAAGUAUCUCGCUGCAGAGGCUGCUUUUGUGGCUUGCGAGAGAGCGGUGCUGGCUCAUGGAGGGAUGGGAUAUGCCGCUGAGUAUGAUGUAGAGCGGUGGUUUAGAGAGUGCCUGGUGCCACGACUUGCGCCGGUGAGUAGGGAGAUGAUUUUGAAUUAUGUUGGAGAAAAGGCUCUUGGGCUACCAAAGAGCUAUUAA